UGGGCCCCGACUCGGCUCGCGCCCCCGCGGAGGCCGCGGCUCCCUCGAACCUCAAGGGCGUGGCGGCGAGGCGACUGUGCCCCCCGCCGGCUCCCGCCCGCCGCGUCUCCCCAGGCCCGGCUCCCGCGUAGCCCGUCGGGCCGCCCCGGCCUCCCGCCUGCCCGCCUGCCCUUCUUCUGCAGUGGCCAAGCGCGCAGAUGCCUGCAAGACACCUUAGAACUUAAAAAAACGGAAAAGACCCGCUUUUAGGGGACAAUGCUGAGGGACGCUAUGAAAUCUUGGAACGAUAGCCAGUCAGAUCUCUGUAGCAGUGACCAAGAAGAGGAAGAAGAGAUGGUGUUUGGUGAAAAUGAAGACGAUUUGGAAGAGAUGAUGGAUUUCAGUGAUCUGCCUGCAGCACUCUUUGCUUGCAGUGUCCAUGAAGCAGUGUUUGAGGUGCAAGAGCAGAAGGCCCAGAUGUCCGGGGAAGCACGGGACAAGUCCUAUUUGCUGCCACCCCAGCCGGUCAAACAGUUCCUCAUCUCCCCUCCCGCGUCGCCCCCAGUGGGCUGGAAACAGGGGGAGGACGCAACGCCUGUCAUAAAUUAUGACCUACUGUGCGCGGUUUCCAAACUGGGACCAGGAGAGAAAUACGAGCUCCACGCAGGAACUGAGUCGACGCCAAGCGUGGUGGUUCACGUUUGUGACAGUGAAACUGAAGAGGAAGAAGAAACAAAAAACCCCAAACAGAAAAUUACCCAGACGAGGCGCCCCGAACCUCCAGCUACAGCACUGAGUGAGCCCCAGGCCUUCGAUGGGGCGCCUUGAGGCCCCUGGUUGUGGUGCCAGGCAGCUGCCCUCAUGGGCUCGGCACCGGAGAUCCGUGCCCCUCUGCCGCCUUGCCGGUCGUUGGCGCGAACGCUGUGUGUAGGGGAGGCUGGGAGCCCCCGCCUGGGCCGCAGACCUGGCUGCACAGGGUAGCAGCCGAUUUUACCUGGUCACGAUUUUAACAGAUAUUCCGAACAGCACUUGAAUGAAAGGAUUGGCCCCCAACAUGUCGCAAGUCUUGCCCAGUUUUUCAGCAGUAGCAAAUUAGGAAAUUUGCCUGAUUCCUGGCUCCCUCCUGCAAUGGUAAUUUCCCUGAUUCCAUUUGCAUGGGGUACCCAGAAUCUAAAGCUGUGGUCACCGAGUUCAGUAGCAUUUUUAUGAAUGUAAAAAUAAUCAUACAAUGUUAGUAAUCUGGUGUGGGUACUUUUAUCAUGGUAUAGUAGCGUCCAGCUACUCUAUCUGUUGCUCAAAGGUCAAUUGUUCCUCCAGAUAUGUGACACUUUUUGCACAAAAAUCUGAAACAGAGCAUUUCGGAGAGAAUCAUUUUUCUCAAGUAGUUUUUCCUUUAGCUUUGGGGAGGAAAUGCCAAAUUCGCUUUGACUAUUGGAAUCACGUGGCCCACAUCUGUGUGGGUGUAACUCUCCUCCCUGUUACUGUUCCUUCAAGAGGACACUGAUGCGCUGACCACUGCUCCCAGUGCAUCGCCUCUCCCGGAGAAAGAGCUGCUACUUUGGAAGCAGGACAUACCGCCAGUGAGUUUGACUGAUGAGGACGGACCUCAGGUGGCUCGUGCCAUCUGCUGUGUGUGACCACGUGCUAGCCUGUAGCAUACCCAACUGUCGUCAGCCACCUGUUGAGUUUUUCAGUGUUAAACUUACUGUGUGUGUCUUUCAUCGACUUUAAAUUAGAAAAGGUACUUAAAAGAUUUUCCAAAGACCAUUUCUAAUGGCCUAUUUAAACAUUUUCCAGCUGGCUUUGGAAGAAAAGGCACACAUAUUCUUUUUCUCUGAGUUAGGGGAAGAUGGGGGAAAUCGAGAUCACUCAGAUAGUCAGACUUUUGUUUCUGGUGCAGUCUUUUAUACCCUGGCUUUUAUGCCCAGGAUCAUUUCUUACUUGUGUUUCAGAAGUGGAUAGUUGAAUCCCCCUAAAGCAGAAGCAAGAGUCUUUUUAACUUUCUCUGGUCUGUUCAGACUUUGCAAUCCCUUUUUAGAAACAUAACUAAGAAAACUUUGCUUUGGUCAGGUGGCCCUGCUGAUCUCCGUUCACCGUGCUGUUUCCUGUGUGUGUCGGAUGUCUGGAGCCCCCUGGCACGUGUGUGAGGGGCCUACAUGGGAGUUUGGGUCCGUAAACCAAGGAGGCUGCCCCUACACAGAGAUUCAUGCCAGGGUGUCCAUACAUUUUUAGUAGCAUGUUUUUGUGGUUUAGAGGUUCUUAUUACGGAGAAUUUAUUUCUGAGGACCUAAACCGUAUUGCCAAAAAGAAAGUUUUCUAUAUUUUCCUUGCCCUCAGAUACUCUGACAAGAUGCACUUUCUUAUUUAUAGAUGUCCAUCACUGCCAAGCUUCAGUAUAAAUUCAGUUGAAAUUUGUGAUUCCGUAAGCAGUUUAUUAAAUUCAGAUCGUAGUCUGGCAGUUUUAACUGACAGCCUCUUGGUAAAUUUACUUUGCAUUCCCAGUUUUCCAUUUUGCCGGUUUUCAAUCUUAUCUGGCUGCACUAAUCAUUGCAGAAUGGACCCUGUAAGUCAGGAAAUAUGUGUGUUUUCAACAGGUGGGAAUUUUAGUAUUUCCUUUUAGGUAAUGUUUAUUAGCUAUAAUUUUCUAAGUAAUCAGAAUCUAUGAGGUUUUAUUAUUCAGCUUGACUUUGUCUUCCUUCCAAUUAAAGAAUGAUCUAUCCCUAAUGUAUACAACCUGUUUUUAAAGUCAAGCAGUGCAAAUUACCUGAAUGUUUUCUUUUUCUCUGUUCUUUUGAGGAACAGAGCAAUACUCUCUGUCUUUUGAGAGUAUUGAAUAAAUUGAAGAAAAACUUAAAUAUAAAAUAUAUAUUAAAUACAAAAUACCUAUUAUUUAAUAUACAUUAAACUUUUCUGAAUGGAGAACAUUAAUAUUUUCAUUGUCUCUAAUAUAGUUCCAUAAGGUAAAUGCUGAAAGAAAAACGACUAAAUGCCCAUUAACUUUUAAAUAUUGUGAAAUUAACCAGUUUCUCAACAAGCAUGAUGGUCUCUGUCCUUUUUUGGCUAUUUUUAUAUCUAGCUCGUGUAACCGUCUUGUAAGAGAUGAGUCUCGUGUUCUUCUUUUAAGUUCCUUUUAAUAAGUUUAGCUACAGUUUUCUUGUCUGAAGUUGAGUUAUUACUUAGUUUGAACUGAUAGUAGAGUAGCCAUGUGCUCUUUAGAAAUCAUAACUUCUUCUCGGGAAUCAAAUUAUUUAGAGCAUUGUGAGGAAAGAAAAUGAUGCUUUGUGUUAGGAAAAAAACAAUUUGUGAGGGAUAGGAACAUCAUAGCACUUAAUGAGAACAGUCAACAGAACCUGCAGUGCAUCGGCUCUUAUCUUCUGGCUUGUUGUAGCGUACCCAGCUGAUAAAACCAGAAAUCUGCCCAUUUAAGAAGUGUGCUAGUGUGAGCAUCUACUAGUUGAAAGUGCUAAGAGGCAGAAAGGGUGAAAACAGUUCCCUUGCCUUGCGAAGCUGAGAGCAGGAGGGGAGCACACUAAUCUUCUUACUGUCUGCUUCUUGAGAUUUUAUACACUAACCCCAUCCACAUAACUAAGAGCCCGGUAAAUGCUCCCAGGAACUUUUAAGCUCAACAUAAAGGUUCCAAAUAGAACAUGGUGUGUUUGAAUCAGAGGUGCCAGGAGACAGGGCCGGAACAGCACUGUCGUGCUUUUAGAAAACGGCCAUUUUGUUUCCCACUCCUGGCGAUUCCAUCUCUGAAAACCAUUGUGAUGGAAAGUGAAGAGACUAGAUUCUCUCAGAAUCUGAGCCUCUGAAGGCGGCUUUGGAAAUGACGUACUCUACACCGUGUGUGACACAGAGGAGAAAACUGAGGUGAUGUGUCUUGUUUCAAAGCUCGCAGGGACUAGAUUGGCAUCCCCAGUUCCCACCCGGGCCUUUUCUUUCUCCUUGCGUAGGGCCUCUUAGAGACCCUCAGAAGUGGUGAAUCUGUGUCAUAAGAAAACAGACAAACAAAAAAAGAAAAAGAAUUGUAUCCUCCCUCAAAGGAUACAGUGGACAAGAAACAUCAGAUGAAGGUGGUGACUUAGAAUUUCAUGAAUGAAGUUAUGUUCCGUGUUUGUGUUUCCAUUAUCAUCAUACUGUUGGGAUUGGAAUCUAAUGAAAUGAUGUCAUUUUGGUAGCCAGCAAUGAUGGUGACACUUUGUGUGGGCUUUCCUCGAUUUUAUUGGUAAUGAGAUUAAAGUAUGAACAGUCACACUUGAGAUGUGACUCUAAUGAAGCAACAUGAGAUCUCAUCGGAUUUGGAAAUAGUUUGCGGUGGCAUGACGCUGUCACCCAGUGCUCGUAAAAGGUUGAAGGCUGACCUGUGCUUCAUGUUUUUAUAUAGACUCUCUUACGCACCAUAGCUUUAUUUUUAAAAGGGAAGAUCUCAAACAUGAUUAAGCAAUGGAAAAUGUCUGAACUCCUUUGGGGCGUCAGAAUUCCCUGUCUGCUGGUAUCUCCUUUUUCUCUGGAGGCGUACACUUUCAUACCCAUCACCCAGGUGAAGCUGGUCAACCUUCCUUUCCCGCUCACCGCGCUUCUGGUUUCCACAGCUGUGUUUGCAUCGUCGUGCACAAAAGGAAACAGAUGACUUACCCGUGUGACAAUAUAAGGGAACAAAAGAUGAGAGGAUUUGUUCCUCCUAGCUGGGACGUAAGUCCAUUGUAAUAGAAGCUCACUUUUUAAAAAGUUAAGUAAAUUUGAAGAAUAAAGUUUAUGAACCUUGUUCAACAAUUUGACAAAUGCGUUAUAGACUCCCCUUGCGGUCCGGGCCAGCCACAUCACCUUCUUUGGAAUGCCAUCGUUGUCUUUAACUGUGAAUCAGGAAAAUGCCAAUACCUAGAAGAGUGUCAUUUUUAUACCAAACACACAAGCCACAAAGCAACAGGAAAUCACAACAACUGCUAGGUUUUACCGACCAAAAAAGAUCAUAAAAAUGGUCACGUUCAAAAUAGAAGUUUCCUGCCACGCUUAAGAAAAACGAAUGUUGAGCUGAGUCAAAGUGUCUCCAUCCAUUUAAACAAAAGUGUAAAGACCUUUCACUACAUUAGACACGUGGUGUCUCUUGCAAACUGUGUUUCCUUUUGAAGCAAAAAUCAAUCACCUUCUGCAGAUCCUUGGAGUUUCCUGCACAGCUUCGACUGAGUGUUAGUUCUGUCAUAACGGAAGAUCUCUCUGUAGAUGACACGUGCUUCCUGUAGAGUUUCCUGUUUAGUGCCCGGGCUUCCUACCCAGACUGGGGACUGCAGAGAGAGAAAGGUGGCUACUCACGUUGCCACACCAUCCUCUUCCCACUGCAUAUCACCCCGGGGUGGGGGUGCCCCGACAGGAGAGAUUCACGUUUCUGCUGCAGCAUGCAUGUCCUCCAGCUUUAAGAAGAGUUUUCCAGUCAUUUCUGUCUCCAUUGAACCCAGGCGUUGGACUACUAUUUCAUCUGAACGUGUUUGUGAUCUUGUGUUACCUUCCGGGACACGUACUUUUCUGGUACUGUCAAGUAUAGUGAGUGUUCAUUGUCCUUCUGAAAACUGGUCAGUAAUUUACAUACGUGUGUUCUGUAUUUUAGUGUGCUUGAAGUGACCGUCCAUACUUCGUGGUAGUUCAUUAUUUGUCACCUUUGGCUGUCCUGUAUUUUAAGGACAUGUAAACGUUCCUUGUCCUAUCAAAGUGACAAAAGCUGAAUGUAAUGUUUUUGGAAUCCUUGUGAUUAUUUGUAACAAGUUUUGUUUUUAAAGCUAAUAAAAAUAAAAUUAGGGUUUUUUUUAA